GCUAACCCCGAACCAAAGCAAAAACCCCAUUCUAACUCCAGAAAACAACCACUCUUCUACUCUGCUCACUUUUCUGGGUUCUUUCUUUUUGAAUCCUUUGCAAAAGACCCGCAUAAAAAAGAUCAUUUUUUGGGGUUCUCUUCAACUUGGGUAUGCAUGUGUUUUGGUUUUAGGAACAAACUAAAAGGGCCAUCUUGGGUUGUGCUUCUUUUGUGUGAUCAUUUUGGUUUUCACUCUCAUUUCUUAAAGCCUUGCAGGAACCGGGUUUUUGGGUUUCUUUUUUAUUAAUCAUGGGGGAUGCUACGAUAGAUAAGACUCGUGAUUUCAACAUGGCUUCAAGAAAAGCUGAAGAAGCGGCUUGCAGACGCUAUAAGGCAACUCAAUGGCUAGAAAGCCAAGUGGGUCCUCUUGGUAUACCGAGCCAGCCUUCAGAGAGAGAACUCAUUUCUUGCUUGAGAAAUGGUUUGAUUCUUUGCAAUGCCAUUAACAAGAUUCAUCCAGGAGCAGUGCCUAAAGUUGUGGUUGUGGAUAAUCAAAUGCCUUCACAAUCACUUACCUGGGAUUCUCAGCCAUUGCCCGCCUAUCAGUAUUUUGUAAAUUUGCGCAACUUUCUUGUUGCAAUGGAGGAAUUAAAUCUUCCGGCUUUUGAAGCUUCUGAUCUUGAAAGGGAUACACUAGAGAUGGGAUCGGCAGCCAAAGUGGUCGAUUGCAUUUUGGCACUUAAAUCGUUUCAAGAGUUGAAGCAGAUGAACAAUCAGAAUGGAUACAACAAAUGCAUAAAAUCUCCUUUACCUAUGAGAAUGCAUUCAAGAGCUGCAGGUGCACUACCCUCUGAUGCUUGUAGGCACUUGGAUUUAACUGCCACAAUGGAAAAGAUGCCUCCGGUUGAGAGUAAUUUUUCGAAUAGAGAAGAAAUUGUGGAAUUACUUGCCAAGCAACUGGUUGACCGUAUGUUAGAUGCCAAAGAAAAUAUUGAUGGAAACAUCAUUGCUUCUCUCCGUAAAGAACACCUGGUAGAGGAUCCAAUAAAGGUUUUUAAUCAGAUAAUGGCAUGUUGUAAUGGGGAACAGCCAACUACAAGGUUGCGUGAGGAUUUUGUUAAAGAAGAGGGGUUAUCACUUCUUUCCACAUCUACACAAUCAGCUGCUUUAUCUGAUCCUGGCAAUUCUAAGGUACCUGCUUUAUCUGAUCCUGACAAUUCUAAGCGUUGCCAAGCAUGUCCCGGAAAAUGCAAGUGCAACCAGGAACAUCUUUUAAACAUGCAGGAAAAAGAACUAGUGGAUCUCAAGGCUUUGAAGUUGAAAAUUAAGAAAGAGUUUGAAGAGAUGCAGUCACAGUUUCAAGGAUUUUUUGAUGACAUUGGAAGUCAAAUACAGGAGAUGUCAACUAAAGCUAUUGGAUAUCACAGAGUAGUAGAAGAGAAUAGGAAACUAUACAAUAUGGUCCAAGAUUUGAAAGGUAAUAUUCGAGUUUACUGCAGAAUCAGGCCAUCAUUCCGGGCUGAAUCAAGGAAUAUUGUUGAUUUCAUUGGGGAAGAUGGUUCUCUAUUCAUUUUAGAUCCAUCAAAAACACUGAAAGAUGGAAGGAAACUUUUUCAGUUUAAUCGUGUUUUUGGUCCAACAGCUGGCCAAGAUGAGGUUUACAAGGAUACUCAACCAUUGAUUAGAUCUGUGAUGGAUGGAUACAAUGUUUGUAUUUUUGCUUAUGGUCAAACUGGAUCUGGAAAGACUCACACCAUGAGUGGUCCAUCAAGUGGAACAUUUAAGGAUAUGGGAAUCAAUUAUCUGGCUCUUAAAGAUCUGUUUCAAAUGUCUAAUGAAAGGAAUGACAUCAUAAAUUAUGACAUUUAUGUUCAAAUGGUUGAGAUUUACAAUGAACAAGUUAGAGAUCUACUUGCAGAAGACAAAUCUGACAACAAAUUAGAAAUCCGGAGCUGCAAUGACGACGGAUUUAGCCUUCCAGAUGCUAAAUUGCGCCCUGUGAAGUCUACAACUGAUGUUAUGACCCUCAUGAAACUUGGUGAGGUUAAUCGCUCUGUCAGUUCGACUGCAAUGAACAACAGGAGUAGUCGUUCUCACAGUGUACUUACUGUGCAUGUUCAUGGCAAAGAUACAUCUGGGAACUCCAUUCGCAGUUGCUUGCACUUGGUAGACCUAGCUGGAAGUGAACGAGUAGACAAGUCUGAAGUUACAGGGGAAAGACUAAAGGAAGCACAAUUUAUUAACAAAUCUCUUUCCUGUUUGGGAGAUGUGAUCACAGCCCUGGCUCAAAAGAAUUCUCACAUACCUUACAGGAACAGCAAACUCACUCUUCUUUUGCAAGAUUCCUUAGGUGGACAUGCAAAAACAUUGAUGUUUGCUCAUGUGAGUCCGGAAGCAGAUUCCUUUGGUGAAACAGUGAGUACUUUAAAGUUUGCUCAGAGGGUUUCGACUGUGGAACUGGGGGCAGCCCGUUUGAACAAAGAAAGCAGUGAGGUUAUGCAACUUAAAGAACAGGUUGAGAACCUUAAGAUUGCAUUGGCAACCAAGGACGCUCAGAGAAUGUUCCAAAGAAAUAGAGAGCCGUACACUCCAUCAGAGAAAACUCCAUUGCCCUCUCGGAGACUUAGCAUUGAGAACUGCCCCGAUAAAUCUGUGAAUCGAGAGGAUAAAAGUGGAGUUAAAUCACCACUUUUGUUACCUCGUUCCAGAAGAUUAAGUUUGGAAGGUCCAAAAUCUAUCAAGAAAGAUGGUCUACAGUAUGAGCCAGUAUCUAUGCAGAAAUACCGCCCAAUGCAGGAUGUAGAGGCCGUAUCAAAACUAAAUGGCCAGUUCAGCAGUGGCAAUUCCAAGUCAGAGUUGCAUGCCAAAACCCCUCGAAGUCCUACAAGCAUUUCCUAUCAAACGAGAUUGAUAAAAUUAAAUGAUGGCAUGCAAGUUCAUCCUAUUAAACUACCUCAAACACCUGAACCACCAGUUCGGGAUGGAAAUGAUGUCCAUGCCUCUAAGGUGAUGGGUAGCACAAAUGGCAAAGGAUCCCAAAUAAGAAGAUCCUUGAGAACAAUUGGAAAACUGAUCAAUGGCCCUGAUAAGAGGAGCCAACAAGUUGAAGUGAAGUCACCCAUCAAGGGUACUGGCUAUAGAAAUAAUGUAAAAUCACCCAUCAGGGGCACUGGCUAUACAAAUAAUGUAAAAUCACCAAUUUCAUCUGUAGAGAAAACGAAGAGAAGGCAAUCUCUAACAGGGAUUCAAGCACCACUGCCAAACAACUCACGUAGAUCUUCACUUGGAGGAAAGCCAGUAGCAGCAUAUGACGACAAGGAGACAAAUGCAAGAACUCCUCCUCCAAAUCCUCAUUCAGGCACCAAGACUUCAAAACGGUGGCUGUAGAUCAGUGACAGUGCUGCUUCGACUUGAAGCAUACCAACUUUUCUGACAUAGUUUAGAACAAGCUUCCACUUUGGUGGGAGAGUUUUGGUUUCAUGAUCAAGUUAACAACAGUGUAAAGAAUGUCUCUAAGUAUUUAUCUUUUAAGUCUUUUUCCAAAGUGUCUUUCUUGUAAUUACAAAAAAUCAAGAAAUUCAAAAAGUGAAAUUAAAAUUUUUUCAAACUCA